UUUCCACAAAUUGCAGCGCCGCGCCAUCCCCUAGCGGAUCCGCGCAAAGCAUGAUGGGAGAACGGAGCGAUCGUCUCCCCCUUUUUCUAUGCUCGCCUGCCGGCUGCUGUCAGGUGUUGCGUUGUUCUGCCGCAGUUUUCUGGCCUUGUGCGUCUUCUCGUGCGUGUUGUUGGUGUUUCUUAGUAAUAUCUAGCAGUGGACUGUAGUGGUGGUUAGCUGUUAAUCUUUCUGCAGUUUGGUGGUGCUUUUUAGACGUUCGACAUGUCCGCAAAGGAGAAUCGCGGUGGCGGUCAAACAUGUUGCGUGCCCGGCUGUAGCAACAACACAAGAAAGGACAAAAACAUAUCAUUCCACGGAUUCCCCAAGGACAACAAGCUGAAGCAAGAAUGGGUGCGCAGGAUAAAUCGGCAAGGCUCGGAAGGACGAUUUACCUUGUGGAAGCCUUCAAAGCACCACAAAAUAUGUGGUGCGCAUUUCAACACAAGCGGGCGCAAGGGAUACAUGGAUCGUCUCCCCACGAUCUUUCCACACCGAGUGUAUGCAGAACGGACACCUGCUGUGGUUACGGGCGCUGGGAAACGACGCCGUAUAAAGCGCGUCGUGGCGAUGUCGCAGGAAGCCUAUAUCCAGGACGAACUCUGCAUCUGCGGCACGGUUGAAGUGGAAUCUCAGCAACACAACCUCUCAGCUACUUCACCUGUGCUUCUUCCAGCUGCUUCUCCAUCAAGCAUGCAUCCCCAGCUACCAGCAGACUACGACCAUAUGUAUUCCAUGGGACCAGCAUCAGAGGCAGCACAUCGUUACCAAGCAAGGGCUGCAGAGCUUGUAACUAGGUGUCAACAACUACAGCAAGAGAAUGAAAAGCUGAGACAGAAUACCAGUUUCCUUGAAGAAGAAGUAGCUAAACUGCGUUCUUUGCUGCACAAGGAAAAGACUGGGAGGGCUAGAGAUAAGCAGACAACUAAGCAAAGUUCUCAUAUUGAAGACUUAGUCAAGGAUGACAAGCAGCUUAGGUUUUACACUGGCUUCUCCUCACUGAAGCGCUUUGAAUGCUUCGUUGCAUUUAUCUGUUCCAAGCACAGAACAACGAACUCGCCAGCUGGCCGACGACCUAUGCUUAGUGUGAGGGAAAAGCUGAUUAUCUGCUUGUGCAGGUUAAGAGUCGGCCUCCUAGAGCAGGAUAUAGCAUUCCGUUUUGCCAUAAGCACAUCAUUGGUAAGCGGCAUAUUCUCUUACUGUGUAGAUUUCCUGAGUGAUGUGCUAGUUCAGAUCCCAGUGUGGCCAUCACGUGAAACUGUGUCUUCGUACAUGCCGCAGUCUUUCAGGGCUCUCUAUCCUUCAACUCGUGUGAUACUGGACUGUACAGAACUUUUUAUUGAGACCCCAUCUGAUUACACUGUGCAGAGUGACACAUUCAGUGCCUACAAAAGUCACAAUACAGCAAAAGGCCUGCUGGGGAUAACACCUAAUGGGUUUAUCUCCUUUGUCUCUGACCUGUCUCCUGGCAGGAUAUCAGACAAAGAGAUUACAAGGAAAAGUGGGUUAUAUGAUCUCCUUGAACCCGGAGAUAGCGUGAUGGCAGACAGAGGGUUUCUGAUCAGUGAUGAUCUAAAUGAAAUUGGUGUUAGCUUAAAUGUGCCACCCAUGCUGAAUGGAAAGCAGCAGUUUUCAGUCGCUGAAGAGACCAAAACAAGGGAGAUUGCCAAUCUGAGAGUACACGUUGAACGCGUCAUCAGAGAAGUGAAGAAGUUUCGCAUACUGAAGAGCAUUUUCCCCAAUGUUAUGGCUCAUAAACUGAACAAAUUGUGGAAGAUUUGCUGUUAUCUAAACAAUUUUACCAAUGAGCCCUUACUUAAUAGAGAAUAGAGUACUGCAGCUACCUAAGAAAAUAAUGCAAGUUUUCCUCUGCAGUAUUUAACAAUCGCAGUUUUCAGAAUAUGUCCAGUGCUUGUAGUGCAUUUGAUGAAAACCACAGUCGACAACCGAUAAUUUGCAUUGACAUAGACCAAAUUUCAUAUGUGGAGUUUAACUUAAGGGGGUCGUCAUAAUAUCAUUGACAGGACCAAAGUUGAGUUUAUAAAGUAUUUUAAAAAUAGUGAUUGCUCACUACAAUGUACAAAUCAUAUGCUGUUCGCAAGCAAUAUGGGCAUUUUCAGAAUGAAAUCUGUUUAAGGCUGUCCAUCCCCACAAUACUUCCUUCCGCCACAUUUUUUUCGUCACUUCUUAGCCUCUUCAUAUUAAUUUGUAUCUUACUUUUGUUUGCACUGCACAGAAGCAUAGCCAAACAAAGACACCCCUUUUUUUCCUUAUCUGUUUGUUGCUUCAGUCAGUGAAACUUGACAGAACAGUAUCACAUCAGUAUGAAUGUCAUCUAUUUCAAGGCCUGAAGAUGGCCAACUUGUAUGUUGACAGAAUGGUCAUCAAAGCAGCAAAGGCUAACUGGUGAUGCUGUUUCAAAAAAGCUUAUGGGCAUAGUCACUUAAUAAGUUUGACCAUCACUUGGUUUUCAUGAGCACAUAAACCAGGUGAUUGUUGAGAAUCGUACCAAGAGUGUGUACCAGAAGAGGAUGCUAGCAAGCAGCAAAUAAAAAAAUAGGCUCUGAAAGGCCUGUGAUCCCAAAGCUGUCCAUAUCAGCUUAUUAUACUUCAAUACUACAUUUUUAAAAAUCAAAAGUAUUCAAAUAAA